UGGAGCUGAUGGUAUUGUAUUGUACCAAAUGUUAGUACAAGCCGGUUUUGCCACCCCGAAGCCAUCCUCUCGACUCCUACGCUCUUUUAACAGCGGGUUCAAUACAGCCGUGGAUUCAACAAAGCCGGCGGCCCCGCAACGGAGAUUCGGGCAGAUACAGUCCAUCUUACCUCAGCAGGUAUCAGUACUCGUAGUUACUGUUGAGGCGGAAACUUCAUACUCGCUAUCAUACCGCAAAGCAUGGAGUCGCCUCGCUCGCCCAAGCGACGGCGGAUUCUUUCCUCUAUCAACCCGCCUGAACCGGGCGCUGAGGACGACGACCCGAAGCCCUACAAGCGUGAUCGCGCAAUCUCGCGCGAUAGAUCUGCCCCUCGAAUGGAGGACUUAGAUGUAGGGAAACAACAAGCGAAAGCGGCAGAGCACGACACAACAAUGCCGCGGCCCACUAAGCUCCGCUUCAAGUCUAGGUCCUCCAGGUCGCGACGGUCACGACGCGAGAGCGAGGCGGAAAGCGAUCCUGAUGACCGUCGCCGCCGCCACCAUCACCGGCGCAGGUCCCGGACCCGAUCUGGGGACAAAAACGGGCGCGACGACUCCAAAGAACGAAGGCAUCGCGACGACGACGACGACGCAGAUAACCGUCAUCACCGUCACCGUCAUCACAGGCGUCACCGUCAAAGUCACCGUCGCAGACGCUCCCACUCCCCCACACCCGCACCACACGCAGACCCGGAACCCGAUCCGUUCCAAGACCCGCCUCUCACCCCGGAAACCGCCUUCCGGGAAUCGCUUUUUGACGCCCUUGCUGACGACGAGGGCGCCGCGUACUGGGAAUCCGUCUACGGCCAGCCCAUCCACAUCUACCCUGCGCCCGGCGCCGGCGACGGCAGCGCCGGUGGUGGCAUGCUGGAGCGCAUGACCGACGACGAGUAUGCGGCAUACGUGCGGCAGAAGAUGUGGGAGAAGACGCACGCGGGUCUGCUUGAGGCCCGGGCGCGGAGGGAGAAGAAGCGGGAGGAGGAGAGGAGGCAGCUGGAGGAACGAGAGAGGGUGGCGCGGGAGAUUGAGAGGAGCUUGAGGUUUGGCGAGGAGAGGAGGAAGAAGAGGGCCUGGAAGGAGAGGUGGCGCGGGUAUCUGGAGCGGUGGCAAGCGUGGGAAGAAGGGGAAGGGAAGGAGGCUGGGGUCGAGGGGAUACCCUGGCCUGAUGGGGCCGAGAGCGGCGGAGGGAGCGAGGGUUCGGUCUCGGGCGAGGCGGUCAGGGCGUUCUUUGUGAAAGGCAUCGGCCUGGAGGAGUUGGGAGAGAAGGAGUUUGCGGCGGCGCUGAAGGAGGAGAGGGUCAGGUGGCACCCGGAUAAGAUGCAGCAGCGGCUUGGCGGCAAGGUGGACGAGAAAACAAUGCGGAACGUGACGGCUAUCUUCCAGAUCGUGGAUGCAUUGUGGAAUGAGACCAGGAAACAUCGUGCCUAAGCAUUAGGGAGAGGCAUCGAUGGUCCGGGUCUAGUCGCUGGGUUGAUGGGCGGUAGUGUAGUUCUCAGUUCUCUUCUUCUCUCUUUAGCAAGCCUCUUCAGUACUACCUUCAAGUUAGGUAGAGUGAGAUGCUGGCGCCACGACGCCUAGAAGAACCGACUGAGAUUGACCACCGGUCCGAAGCAGUGCCAUUCUGGAGAUGGUUAAGAAAGUUAUAGAACCCAGAUUCCACGGAAGUCGUCUGGCGCAUCCAUCCACUGAUGAGCACGAUUGCCUGCCCA